CAUGAAGUGGACAUUUGAGGGGCUCUCUCAUAUCUAUUCACGACCGCCGUGGGGAAGUUUGAUGUCCAGGAUGGGCAAACUCAAGUCCGAGGGUAACCUUGCCAAUCCGGCUUCCCUUCGGCUUUAGGACUCCUCAAUUCUCCGCUUCCGAUGCACACCCUCUUUCUCUUGCAAAGGGUGUGCAUUUGUUGAUAUUAGCAAAGCGUCAAUGGUUUGGAGAUUCUUAAUAUCCUCUAGGUCAAGACUUCACCAGAUUCUCGAUACCCCCUUGGACACCGACCGAGUCCGCUUUGAUCCACUCCCAUAUCUCGACCUCUACUACUCUCACACACCACGCACUGCAUGGAGCGAAUCGAUACGCACUCUCACGUUGUGCCUGAGGUGUGGCGCAAGUUUUGUUGCCAGUAUGGGUUCGACAGGCCGGACGGUAUGCCUGCCAUCCCUGCUUGGACACCAGAGGCGCACAUUGACCUUAUGGACAAAUUGGGCAUCUCCAAAUCCAUACUCAGCAUUACAUCUCCUGGGACACAUCUGAGGCCACAUGACGACGAAUUAGGUCGAACUAUCACUCGGGAAUCGAAUGAUGAAAUAGCCCGGAUCUGUCGAUUACAUCCCAACAAGUUCGCUUUUUUCGCAUCCUUACCACUCCCAGAUGUCACCGGCUCCGUUGAGGAAAUUGAUCGUGCUCUAGAUAGCUUGGGGGCGGUGGGAUUUGCUCUUAUGACCAAUGCACACGGAUACUAUUUGGGCGAUGCCCAUCUUGAGAAGGUCUUUGCGAAGCUGAAUGAGAGGAAAGCAACGGUAUUCAUGCAUCCGACCUCAUGCCACUCGCAGAAGCUACCGGAAGCCGAAAGACCACUCUCACAGUAUCCAGCACCGAUGCUCGAAUUCUUCUUCGACACUACACGAGCAGUUGUCAAUUUGAUUUUGUCUGGCACUGUGGCGCGUUACCCCAAUAUCACUUAUCUGGUCUCACAUUGUGGCGGCGCCCUGCCGCCCUUGGUUGAGAGAUUCUCGUCGUUUGCAACAAGAGUUUUAGGAGGCAAUGAGGCUAUAGAUUCAUCGCAGGUGAAGGAACUGUUCAAGUCGAGGUUCUAUUUCGACUUGGCUGGGUUUCCGUUUCCGGACCAGAUCCACGGGCUCCUGCGCACGGCAGAUGCUUCCAGGUUGCUGUAUGGCAGUGAUUAUCCCUACACACCAGCUUCAGCGUUGACAGGAAUGUCGACGCGAAUGGACGAGGAGCUGAACAAUUUGUUCGAUGAGAGGGUGGUCCGUGAGAUCUACUCGGGCAACGCAAAAAGACUCCUGAAAAUCUAA